CAAAAGCCAUAUAUGGAAACAACUACUUUUUAUGUUGUUCUUGGAAUAGCGACAAUCUUGUUGCUAUACAUAUGGAGAAUUUUGAACUGGUUAUGGUUCAAACCAAAACAGAUGGAGAAGUCUCUAAGAGAGCAAGGCCUUAAAGGUAGCCCUUAUAAGUUCAUGUUCGGAGACAUGAAAGAAAUGGUGCAGAUGACGGCCGAAGCCAUGUCUAAACCCAUGGGUCUAACUCACGAUAUCGUUCCACGAGUCCUGCCAUUUUACCAUAAAUACCUCGCAACAUAUGGUAAUAAUUGCUUUACAUGGAUUGGGAUAAAACCAUUAGUACACAUAUGUGAACCAAAUAUGAUACGAGAAGUAUUGACCAAUUAUAGUAAGUUUCAAAAGCCAAGGGGAGGUAAUCCAUUAACAAAGUUGCUAGCAAAAGGAUUAGCUCACGCCGAGGCAGAUCAAUGGGUUAAACAUAGAAAAAUUUUGAAUCCCGCAUUUCAUGCCGAGAAGCUCAAGCAUAUGGUACCUACAUUUUAUAUGAGUUGUUGUGCAAUGAUGGAAAAAUGGAGAGAGCUAGUGGUGACUUCAGGGAGCUCAUGUGAAGUGGAUGUGUGGCCUUAUAUUCAAGAAUUUUCUGCUGAUGUAAUUUCACGUACAGCGUUUGGCAGUAGUUUCAAAGAAGGAAGAAUAAUAUUUGAACUUCAAAGAGAACUAACUGAGUUAAUUAAGAAAGCUGCUUAUUCACUUUAUAUUCCAGGAUCAAGAUAUUUUCCAACCAAAAACAAUGAGAGGAUGAAGCAGAUUGACAAGAAAGUGAAAGUUAUAAUAAGGAGCAUUAUCAAUAAGCGAGUUGUCGCGAUGAAGGCUGGGGAAGCUAGCAAGAAUGACCUUCUUGGCACACUUUUAGAUUCCAAUUACAAAGAAAUCAACCAUCAAGGGAAUAGAAAUUUUGGAUUAAGUAUAGAUGAAGUCAUUGAAGAAUGCAAACUCUUCUACUUUACAGGGCAAGAGACAACAGGAAAUAUGAUUGUUUGGACUUUGAUUUUGUUAAGUCAAAACACUGAUUGGCAAACAAAGGCUAGAGAAGAGGUUUUAAAUGUGUUUGGCGAUAACAUCCCAGAUCUUGAUGGCUUGAGUAAUCUAAAACUAAUCAACAUAAUCUUGAAUGAGGCUCUUAGGUUAUAUCCUCCAGGGAUAAUAAUAAGGAGGAUGGUACAUGAAGAAACCAAGUUAGGUAACUUAACAUUACCGGCAGGAACCCUUGUCCAAGUAAAUUCAUUGAUUUUACACCAUGACAAAGAUACAUGGGGUAAAGAUGCGAACGAGUUUAAGCCUGAAAGGUUUUCUGAUGGAGUUUCAAAAGCGACUAAGGGAAAAGCUUCGUAUCUCCCAUUUAGUGGCGGACCACGUGUAUGCAUUGGCCAGAAUUAUGCUAUGUUGGAAGCAAAAAUGGCUCUUUCAAUGAUUCUAAAACGUUUUUCAUUUGAGCUAUCUCCAUCAUACUCACAUGCUCCGACUGUUAUACUUACUCUACAACCUCAGUUUGGCGCACACUUGAUUAUACGGAAAAUUUAGGCAAUCUAUCUCAUGUUUUUUUUUGUCUAUUUUGAAAGUUUUACAUGCUAUAUAUGUAAGGUUACUUGGUUUAUUGGUUUGCAACGUAUGUAU